UAGCCUAGGUUUCGUUUCCUGUGAUUCUUGCGUUUCUUUUCCUAGUAAAUGCAAACCACUGAGUGCUGACGUAGGGCGGUGCAUCCAUGAAAUAAAAACAAAACGGUCUUGGAGUGAUGAGAUGAGAGUGAUCACCGAUGGACAUCUGCUGAAAUCCACGACAGAUUGCCGACAAGUUACAGGUUCAAUGAGCUGAUGAAAGAUGAGUGCUGUCAGAAAAGGAAGGAGAAAAAAAAAUACAUUUGGUGCAACAUCUCCACCUUUUAUAGACUACUUGAAAGAUAUCCUCAGGAGAUAUCCAGAUGGAGGACAAAUAUUAAAGGAGCUGAUACAGAAUGCAGAUGAUGCUGGAGCUUCUGAUGUGGUGUUCAUUCAUGAUGAGAGGACGUAUGAGAAGAACAGCCUGUUGAGUGAAGACCUUGGAAAGUAUCAAGGUCCUGCCCUCUAUGCAUUCAACAAUGCUGUCUUUACUGAAGAAGACUGGCAAGGCAUUCAGGCCACAGGGAGAAGCGUCAAGCGCAAUGAUCCAAACAGAGUGGGGAGAUUUGGGAUUGGAUUCAAUUCAGUCUAUCAUAUUACAGAUAUGCCAUAUAUAUUCAGUUCCAAAUACCUCGGGCUGCUGGACCCACAGGAGAAGAUAUUUGGAGAUGGAGAGGGAGGUUACAGAUGGUCUCUGGAUGAUGAUGAAGACAGAAAUGACCUUUUCACCUUGAGAGAUCAAUUUCAACCCCUUCGAGACAUUGUCAAACAAGUCAGUGACAGCACAUGGGAGAAAACCAUAGAAGAGGAUCAGUUUUUCAAAGGGACUCUUUUUCGGUUUCCAUUGCGCUGUGAAUCCUCAGAGAUUUCCGAUAACUUGUAUGAUUCAGACAAAGUUGUUCAGCUUUUUGACAGUUUCAUUGCAGAUGCAGAGAUUAGCCUUCUUUUCUUGAGACAUGUGUCUAAUGUCUCCCUGAUGCACAUUGACCCUUGUGGAUCUGUAGCCGUAAAACUUAAAGUAUCCUUGUCAAGCUCCCCAGCAAGUUUAGAAUCAGGUGACACUGACAAGCCCCCGGAGGGGUCAACGGUGUUUAAGAAGUUUGUGAUCACUAAAGAGAACGUAGCGCUGAUGUACCAUCCAGCCUUUCAGCUGGACAAGAGCUAUGGCCCCUACGAUGAGACUACUUGCAUGGACUGGACAACAGACUCAAAGUACGUUCUGCCCUCAUCUCUGAUCAGCGGAUCGCCGCCAUAG